UGUCAGGCUGUGACGUGCAACACGGAAAACCCACACUCACAACACCACUAAUGUGACUGCCAGUGGCGACGACUAGAUUUCAUACCGAACUUCUGGUAGCCUAGUUUGUACAACCAUGAUGCAAUUUUUGGUCGGGUUCACUCUGGGAAACGUGGUCGGAAUGUACCUGGCCCAGAACUAUGAGGUACCCAACAUCUCUAAGAAGAUCGAGGAGUUCAAGAAAGAUGUGGAAGCCAAGAAGAAGCCCCCAGAGUGAGCCGUCUGGGGCGUGGGGGGGGGGUGCAGGGUGUUUAAACCCCAGCUGGGCUCUGUGGAGAGUGACGGGGAACAUCUUCCUACUCCAUACAAGAGUGUAUAAGGACUUGUGUUUGAUAUGAGCUUGUGUAUAAGGACUUGUGUUUGAUAUGAGCUUGUGUAUAAGGACUUGUGUUUGAUAUGAGUUUGUGUGGAAGAAUGUGUGUUUGUGUGGAAGAAUGUGUGGAAGAAUGUGUGUUUGUGUGGAAGAAUGUGUGCUUGUGUGGAAGAAUGUGUGCUUGUGUGGAAGAAUGUGUGUUUGUGUGGAAGAAUGUGUGUGUGUGUGUGUGUGUGUGAACUGAUACUAAGGCACAGAUCACCAUGGCAUCAUAGUUCUCCCAAAUACAAAAGCAGCUCAGCUGAAAUGGAUUGGGACUGAUUUCUGUACAUUACUAUACAUAUAUGGGACUGAUUUCUAUACAGUACUAUACAUAUAUGGGACUGAAAUGGGACCGGUUUCUAUACAUAAAGGUGUGUCCUUGCUUUUUUAGAGUGUUUGUGUGCCUCUAUUAUUUGAUAUUGCCCUUUACACUGAAACUCUUUAAAGCUGAAAGCAUAUUGAGAGAUGCUUGGCUUUCCUGAGCAUGUAAGCCCUGAUGGCUUUGUUGAGUGUGUAAGACCUGAUGGCUUUAUUAAACUGGAUCUCUAAUUCA